AUGCAACAAUUACUUUUAAUAAUGUUGAUACUUUGUAUUAUGUUAACUUCAAUCGUUUAUGCUGAAAAUUGCUACAAUUUGAAUUGUGGGGUCAACUGCUUCAGAGGUGGAGGCUAUUUAGGAGCUUGUGUAGCAGCUGGAUGCUGUAAUAGUGGAUGA